AAAUUUUUUAUUCAAAAAUCAUUUUAUACUUUAUGAUUUUGAUUUGUUAUCCUCAAGGAUAAUUGAAUUCAUAUUGUUGAUUGUCUCCCACAUAUUGCGUGUAUUGGUCCCAUUAUUUUUGGCAAACGACGAGAUUUGAGAUUUGAUUCUAUAAUAUGUUGAUGCAGCAACCAUUUUUCCUGCGUGUAUGAAGAAUUUUGACUCUUACUGCUUACACUUCUUGCAGCUGCUACUGAUAUCAAACAUAAUGUCCGUCACGUUCGAGCAGAUAAUUUUGGAUGCUAAACGAGUUGCCAAUCGUUUAAAGGAUCGGGAAGCACUUGGGGAUUCACUUCUUUUGGAGACUGAAUCUGUAAACAAACAGAUAGAAUCUAUGCGACAGUUUCAGGACGACAUCGAUAUUCUAAACAAAUUAGCUAGAGAACGAUCAAAUAAUCAGUUGAUUACUAUUAUUCACCAAGAGAAUCCUCAGAUUCGUGAGAUACAGCAAGAGAAUCGACUCCUCAAGGCUGCUUUGGAAGAUCACCAACAUGCUUUAGAGCAUAUCAUGUCAAAAUAUCGAGAGCAUACGCAAAGUAAGAUCUUGAACACCAAAGUUAACUUUGUGGAAGCAUUUAGCAAACAUCAGCAGUUCUCUGAACGAAAAGAUGAACUUAUUCGUCAGCAAACUAAUAAAAUUCAGGAGAUGGCUGCCGUCAUGCAGCGGGCGUCUCAGAUUGAUGAAGAAAAGUUCAAUCAGGAGCAGGAGUUUCUAAGUCAGCUUAUGACAGAAAACAAGGGGUUGCGUGAGCUACUAGAGAUUUCACAGAAAUAUAAUUCCAACGGACAAAAAAUUCUUGUCGACGAAAAAUCUACUCAAACUGACAGCCACCUGCUGGAUGGAUUUAUUUCCACUGGUGAGAGUUCCAGCGGUACGGGUGCUUUUUCCAACACCGGUACGAUUAAGGCCAGUCCGUUAACCUCCAAGUCUGUAAUGACCACAUUGGCUCCAUCCGUUGGUACAUCUUCGUCCCCAGUGGCCAACACCAGCGGCACAAGCACAUCAACUCUAUCGUGACGCGACUCGGAUGAUAAUCAAGUAUCUGUUUUCUUUUGCUGCCAAUCGGCUUUACUGUAAAAGUUUUUUCUCAAUGUUGGCUGAGUCACAGUAUUUUGUUUGUUUUGUGUUCGAAUUCAAAUAAGGGAAACUAUAUUAUCAUUUUUCCAAGUUAUAAUAAUUACUUAUGCUGGAUCAUCAGCCACAAAAUUAUAUUAAAAUAUUAUUAUUUUUUUUCAUAAAUACACUUUACACUUAGAAAUACUUUUGUUUUUACACAUAGUAGCUUUGUUCAUCUUAUUACCCAUGUCUCCACGCUAUUAUUUAUGAUACCAUUGGCAAGGAAUGUAGAGUUCAGUAAUUGAUGUCAAUAUCCUAAGAUGUGGUUCAAAGAAUUAGUAUCAAUACAUGAUUAUUGAUUAUUUGAGCCAAUACUUUGAACAGAGCACUCCUAAGAUGAUUUCGUUAGAUGUGAUGAAUGGGGGUAAAGUUAUGCAAUUC